CUUCUUAUACCUAUUUCUACCUUUUCUUUGGACUAAGUUAGUUAUGGUCAAGCAAAUAGCAACUUAUCCAAAGCAUGUUUAAUUCCAUAAAAUUGCCAGUUAGGGCCUAUCUGAUUGGUACAGAGCUUGUCUAACGAGAUAAUAAUAAUCCAUGGAAACUCCAGCAAGCCAAGGUGUAGCCGGUGGCAAACCGUUAACAACAUUUGUGCAAACAGACUCCAAUACUUUCAGAGAAGUCGUGCAGCACUUAAAAGGUCCAUCAGAGAGUGAAGCAGGUACACAAGAAGGAGCAGCUGCAAAGAUAGCAGGCACAAAGCGGCAGACUUCUAAACUCCAUGAGAGAAGGCACUACACAAGGCCCAAGCUCGAAAUAGUCAAAUCUCCAAUCAAUUUCAGACCUGGUUCAUCUCCAUCAAGAUCAGGAAACUCCAGUAUUCUUCCAAGUCCUGUGGGUACCCCAUCUACAAUUUUUUCAAAGCUGUCCAUAGGAGAAGAGGAAAACAAAGAAGAACAAGCAAAGAGUGAAUUGAAUAGCCACGAAGAAGAGAAAGCCAUCAAAGAGAGGAGGUUUUAUUUGCACCCAUCACCACGGUCUAAACCAGAACAUACUGAACCAGAAUUGCUUACCUUGUUCCCUCUAACAUCUCCCAGGACAAGUAAGACACCUUGAAUUUGAUAGAGCAUCGCCUCCAAUUACAACUUCGUUUAUUUCCAAUAAAAUACAUAUAUAGAGUA